AUGGCUAAAAGCUUACGGAGUAGGUGGAAACGGAAGAUGCAGGCAGAGAAGAGGAAGAAGAACGCCCCAAGGGAGCUCAACAGACUUGAAAGUAUUCUCAGAGUUGACGGUGAUGCUCUGAUGAGAGACGUCGAAGACAUAGCAACUGUGGUGGUCCCCAAACAGUACCAGGAGAAAACGCAGUGUGCGGUGGACGAUGAAAAGGAGACUGAACUGAAGAGAAACAAGAAGACCCUUCUAGACCAGCAUGGACAGUACCCAGUGUGGAUGAACCAGAGGCAGAGGAAAAGACUGAAGGCGAAGAGAGAGAGAAAAACGGGGGGAAAAGCAGAGCCAAAGCAGCGAAGGGCCUAG